GUGCAGAGACAGAAGCCCAUGAAUAUUGUCUAGUCUACUGGAGCCAGCCCAGCCGCCAUAGUUCCCGCAAAUUAUUUCUACUUAGUGCGGUUAUAUCCGUCUCUUCUUCUCGCUCACGCCUGCUGCGUUGAUUUGCAAAGUUCUGGCCUCUUCUCUGCUUCUCAGCCAUGGCAACCGUCUCGCGAUUGAACCAGUUUGCAUGCCAGAAGACCUUCCCCACCAUCGCGCCUCGAACCCCGCUAAUCUCCCCAUCUGCAAUUCUCCAUCUCUCCCCUGCCAAACCCACCUCCCCUCCUCUACUCUUCAAAUCCAAAGGGUUCCGCAAGCCUGCUUUCCUGUGCCGAGCGGCGGGAGAAGGCGAACAGGAUGCCGCCGCCUCCUCCUCCUCCUCCAUGGUCGCCGACGCCGGCGAACCCGAGCAGCUCACGGAGAUUGAUAGCUUGAAGAACCGGCUGGUCGACUGUUUCUACGGUACGGAUCGUGGGUUGAGAGCCAGCAGCGAGACGAAAGCUGAGAUUGUGGAGCUCAUCACACAGCUCGAAGCCAAGAAUCCAACUGCUGCACCUACCGAUUCAUUGACUCUUCUUCAGGGCAAGUGGAUUCUUGCGUACACGUCUUUUCCGGGGCUGUUCCCUCUGCUGUCGAGGGGAACUCCGCCACUAGUGACGGUGGAGGAGAUAUCUCAGACCAUAGAUUCGGAGAAUUUUACCGUCCAGAAUUCUGUGCGCUUUGCUAGCCCGUAUGCCACCACUUCCAUUAGCACCAACGCCAAUUUCGAAGUCAGAAGCCCUAAGAGAGUGCAGAUUAAGUUCGAAGAAGGCGUCAUUGGAACGCCCCAGCUAACUGAUUCCAUAGUGAUUCCUGAGAGCGUGGAAUUUCUGGGACAGAAGAUCGAUCUGACACCUUUCAAAGGGUUGAUCACCUCGGUUCAGGACACAGCUUCGAGCGUGGCAAAGACGAUAUCCAGCCAGCCACCGUUGAAGUUUGACAUCUCAAACCGCAGCGCAGAGUCGUGGUUGCUCACCACGUACCUGGACCAAGACCUUCGAAUUUCGAGGGGAGAUGCUGGGAGCGUGUUCGUGCUGCUCAAGGAGGGCAGCCCCCUUCUCGCUCGCUGUUAAUUUCAAUCCUCUGCAAGUAGAUAAGCAGCCGUAGCACGCUCGAUCUGGUGGCCUGUAAUGUAUGGUUUGCGCUUACGAUAUAGAUAUAUGUACAGUUGUGUUGUGUGUGUGAGUGAGUUGUUUGUUUCGUGCAGAGUCCGUCAUAGAUAUGGCUCCAUGUAUCUACUGUAUACACAGUGUGCUCGGAAGAUGCUGUUAGUUAUGGGGAAUUCUUACACUUCCACCACGAUGCAUCCAAGAGUACUGUUGUAUUGUGUUGAACUUAAAUGAAUAAACAGAUUAGAAUAAG